UCGCGGACGCCGCUCGCGAUUGGGAGUGCGCGCUCCUGGGUGUGUGGUGGUGUGUGUGUACGUAUACGUGUGAUCGCCUCGCGAAGAGAGCGGCGCACCUCUUGACGUCAGAAGGUUCUCCGCUCAUCAGUGGUGCGCGCGCGUCUUCUUGUUCCCGCACGCACCUCGACAGGUCACCGGAGGACGCAACCCCGGAGACGCUGCUGACCACGGCUCCCGUGACGAACGGUGCUCUUGACCCAGUGGUGCUGCGACGUGAGGAGAAGGAGGCUGCUGGGAGUUUCACCGGAGAUCCCUAGACGACGACGCUCGCGACCGCGAACUCCUCCUGGUCUUCAACGGCGGAACGCAGUCACCGCUGGACACCGUCGUCUCCUCGACGUCCCCAGACUGGUCAGCCUGCUUGUGGAACUGUGCGUGUGGGCUUGUGACGUACUGUGGACAGCGAGGACUCUAUCGUCGGUCGGGGGAAGUGUCGAUUGUUCGGGACCAAGCCCUGCUAUCCAUAUUGCUACUUCACGGAUUUCUCUCCAUUUGAUAAACGUCGAACAGAACAGGUAUCGGUUGUUCCGGAAAGCAUCAGUCAGAGCCGCAGUGAAUUCCCGUCCAGUCGAGACCUCAGCCUCCACGCGGCUGUUGAAGCCCUGACGGUUGCUGUGCAAGACGCGUAGUGUGACCCGGACUGUAGCCACCAGUGACUCUCGGUCUGCCGUGACGGUGGCGUCUUUGCCGGAGGCCUUCAGACAGCGGCAGGAGCGACACGACCCAGCGGCUGCGGCGGCGAAGGCGGAAGGGCCGGCCCUGAGCUACCGGCAUGCCUUCAUGGACCUGAGCGUGCCCAAGCGGGCAGCGACUCCCCCCGGCUCUUCGGCGACCCCUCAACGUCCACUGCCGGUGCCGGCCAUGGUUCAUCACGUUCCCGGAUCCCCGCCCGCCUUCUCGGCAUCGGACACGGCGCCGGCUGCUAUCCCCGGCGGUGGCGGAGGCAGUGCGGCGGCGGCAGCAGUGGCCGCUGCGGCGGCCCUGGGUCCCGUCUACCUGGCAUCGUCGCGUCUGGCCGGGGGCGGCGGAGAGGCCGCCAUGGCCGCGGGUCGCGUUCUGCCCGACCUGACACCCUACUCGCUCAGACCGUACGACUUCGCCCGGCACUUGCUGUCCUCGCAGAGCGCCGUCAGUAAGCUGCUCGCGUGCACCGCCGGUGUGAACGCGGGGCGCUACUACGAGGGCGGCUCGUUGCGGCCUGGCGUGAUAGGCGGCAGCAAGCCCAAGGUUGCCACGCCCGUCGUGGUGGCCAAGAUUGAGCAGUACAAGCGGGAGAACCCCACCAUCUUUGCAUGGGAGAUCCGAGAGAGGCUCAUCUCCGAAGGCGUGUGCAGCAACAACACGGCACCCAGCGUGAGCUCCAUCAACCGGAUCCUUCGCAACCGAGCCGCCGAACGCGCCGCGGCCGAGUUCGCGCGCGCUGCCGGCUACUCCAUGUACCACCCUUACGCGGCGGCAGCAGCGGCCACGCUGCCGUGGCCGUCGCCCGCCGCAGCCGCAGCCGCUCCUGCCGCUGCGGCAGCCGGUGGUCCGGCAGCCGCCGCCCUCUGGUCUCCCUUUCUGGCGGCGCCCGUAGCCGGCAACGGACCGUCACACCACGGUGCCGGCUCGGGAGCCGGCGUCGGCUCCAGUCCCGCCAACUCCAGCCCGGACCCCGCGGCGUUGGCGGCGGCGUUCAGGGCCCGCACGGCCGAUGACCUGGACAAGGACGGCCUGGGCGGCUGCGACGAAGGCGCCAGCUCGGACUCGGCGGACCGGCCUAAGUUCCGGCGCAACCGCACCACCUUCAGUCCCGACCAACUGGAGGUGCUCGAGGAGGAGUUCGAGAAGACGCACUACCCCUGCGUCAGCACACGCGAGCGCCUGGCGGCGAAGACGAACCUCUCCGAAGCACGCGUGCAGGUGUGGUUUUCCAACAGACGGGCGAAGUGGCGCCGGCACCAGCGCAUGAACCUGCUCAAGCCCGGAGCCGAAAUGCCGGCCUCGCCAAGCAGCUCGGUCCCGUCCUCGCCGGAGCCGCCCGGGCCACCGGGCACGCCACCGCUCGCUAGCCGCCUGUCCCCGCCGCCGCCCCUGCAGCCGCCCUCCAGGCCACUGGUCAUGCCGCGAAUGGGCGGCGAGAACUCGGCCUUCUCCAAUCCGGCGGCCUCCCGGCAACAGUCGGUCACGCCAGUGUCCGAGUACGCCGGCUGACCAGGACGGCCGGUCGCCACGGAUUCGUCCCGGUGGACCACCGUGGAAAAGCUCAACCAAAUUGGGACUCGUGAACGCGCCUCCGCCCAUGGCGCAUGUUACCAGGACUGUUGCUCCAGGCUCUCAGAGUGCUGCGAACCCGCUGUCACCCUGCGCCCCAGGUACGCGCGUAAUCAGUUUGUGCGCUGCUCGGAGCAUGUGCCUGCGUGCUUUCGGGCCAGCUCAACACCGACUCAUAGCACCUGCUGCGGAAGGGUGUUCCACGGAGUGGUGAUACGACCUCUCUGUUCAGGACGAGUGAACCCAGGAGUGCAGUGCAAGCGAAGAUGUGACAACUGCUGAGGUCUUCGUGCGCUGUAGCCUGUGAAAGACAUAAUGACACGUUAGCUGUGGUUAGCCCGUACAGGACAACCUUGAGAAAGUGCAUAGUGACGCCCAGAGUCGAAGAUCGAAACGUUACGCCUCGAUGUGGUGUUUUCUUGUGUUGUGCUUCGACGUCAGACUGGGACUCAGGCUUUGUUCUUUGAUUGUGGGGUGCGCGAGGGACGAUGACCACCUCGGUGCAGUGCGCAUGCGCCACUCAUGCCUGCAAUGCUGUGCUGCGGACAUGCUCGCCCUAGUCCAUGCAUCUCGACAUCUCUCUAUGGCGUUCACCAAAGGCCCCUUUGCGAAAAAGAAGACACUGUUUAUCCUUGCAUUUUUUUUCUCACACUCAAAGUAGCAUUUCUUUGCGCAGAAGCAAUGUGGCAUCUGUACAGUUAUGCGCAGUGAUACCAUCGCUAUAACUGCUGCGUAUGCAUUCAGUUUUGAUGAACCUUCGUAUUUGUGUGUGUGUCACUUAGUGGCCAAUUCACGUCCUUUCUGUUGCGUGCUCGGGAUAUCGAGACAACGAUAAGAUUACCCGCUUGACAAUACAGUGACGGCAUCACAUUACACAGGCAUACUUCAUAUCACUGAGAACAGUAUUACGACCGCCUCAUUGCUGUGAUAGCCCAGUAGCAUCGUGUCUAGCACCGAUCUCAAGGCCAGCCAUACUUAAACGGCUAGGUGGUCUUAACUGCGAUUCAGUGGUAUUUGCCGCCAGUUGUAGCAGUGCGUAAUGGUUGGAGCUGUUUGCUUUUAAUAUUUUUUUCUUUAGCUCGAUCAAUAUUGAGCUGGUAAUCACACUAAAGUAAUUUGUAUAGCUCGUAAAUUUUCCAACAUGAAGCAACAAGGAGGUAUUGCGUCGAUCAAAAUCUCGAGCAGCAGUCUUCAUUAAAGAAAGAAAUAUAAGAGCUAUCUUUUAGCGCGAAUGACGAAAAACAUAGAGCUGUAAGUAUUUAUCACUUCCAGUAUUUGUUCGCAUUAUUCCUCUGCUAGCACUGUAUGCAGACGAUUUGUGCUUGAGAACGAAGGCUAUCAGAAGAGCGGCUCGUUAUGCAGGAGUUCAAAGCACUGAAGUUAGUCACUGAAACCAGUCAAUGGCGUAAAAAUUGCCUCGAGUAACAACGUGAGCCAUUUCCGAGAUCCAAGGCAGUGCAAGCACACACAGAUUAAGCGGAUAGCACAUGUUGCCACCAGCCUGUUGAUGUCCCAAAAUUUGUUGCCUGUCUUUUCACGCCAAUUGCGACGUUGCCUGUCUUUUCACGCCAACUGGUAAUAUAAUCAUGUUCCGAGCUGCGCGGCUUCGGUCAGAUGCAGGUACAGAAGAUGCCGUUUAGCAAAUAUGGAGUCGUUUUCGAGACUCUUGUGUCGCGAGUGCUGGAAAGAGUGACAAGAUAAUGUGAAAUUGUUACGGUUUACGUGCGACAAAGACAAUGUGCACGAUGCCGGUGUGCACGCUCUGGCGCGUUUCUUGCAGCGUCCGCCGACUGCAGUGAGAAUCAAAGUCCAGCCGGUGCUUGCUGCUGCUUGGGCGACGCGCGUGCAGUACUCACUAUGACGACUCCGUCCACUAAUUGUUUCACCUUGGAAUGCCUUCUCUAUGCUACGAAUAAAAUAUUCUCAUCCCGUA